AUGCCUACGUCUAUGUAUACGAUUAUGGUUCAUUAUCAUUUCGACUACUCAGAUUCGCUAUAUAUCCUCGUUAUGUGCUCGCCACCGCCAGAAUACUAUAGGCACCAGCAAGAGACAGUAUUAUUAACAGUCCAAAACAGUCACUCGCAGGUCCCUUUCAGUCGCUUUAACGGUACCGUCCUUUCGUAUUAUAUUGUGGCGCAGAUCCCCAAAGCCGGUCUCGCUUUCGUGCGUUGUCCUCAGAGGCUCAGCUUGCUUUUGAAAGGUACUGCAGUUCAUUUCGCCUCGGAGCAAUGCUCCAUACUCGCAGCCGAGCUUCGUUCCACAGGUCUUCUGCAUAUUGAGCGGUUCAAACCUACCAGCCGUCAGCUCGGUGCCCGCUCCCUGAUAUCAAUGCCCCGUGCAAGAACCGUCCGUUUAUUAAUGGUCUGCCACAGCUCUGACCGUGUAUCAAAACUGUCGAUAUUGCAUCUUGAACCGAAGUUGUCAUCAUUUGAUUUCGCAUACUCGCAUUCGAAUAGACUCAGACGGCAGCGACACCCGUCUUACGAAGCCAUUGGUGCCAAUUGUUCGGUUCAAAAUUUUGAGCGUAACCAAGGCCUUUGCUUUGUCGUUGUUUCGGCUCUCCAUAUUGAUCUGGACUACGAGGCUACGACUGCUUACGAGGGUGCAGAGCUUCUCAACGAGCCUUUUUUGACAGAUCACGCAGUACUACUACGCCACAAGCUUCCGGGACCGUCUUCCCGCCGCGUUUAA